CGCCGACAUUCAAACCAGCAUCAAUCUCCCCAUCUUCCCCGUAGGUGGCUGAGAGACGCAAUACCCCAGCGGGUUUUCUUUCUUUUUUCUUUUUUUAAGCUGCUCGUAAUCUCGCAGACACUCAGCCGGAACCUUUACUACCAUCCAACUUCUCUUUCCACCCGCGGCAAUCGAACCGCAGCCAUGUCCACCCUUCACGAAAUCACUUCCGAAGCGGACUUUACGACGCAGCUCUCUUCCCUCCCAUCCACAUCUCUAGCUGUCCUCUCAUUUCACACUCCCUGGGCUGCGCCAUGCACGCAAAUGCGCAACGUACUGUCCACCCUCGCCUCCACCUACCCCGCCACUACCCCUCCAUCCAUUCACUUCUUGAGCAUCAACGCCGAAGACCUCCCCGACAUCUCAGAGCAAUACGACGUAUCCGCUGUGCCAUACCUAGUUCUCCUUCGAGACAACAAGAUUGUUGAGACUGUGUCCGGCUCCGAUCCAGUCAGGGUCCGGGAGGCGAUUGAGAAACAUGUGGGGCAAGACGGGCAGACAGAUCGACCUUCCAUUCCGCCACCUCUGGUCGCAGUACCGAGAGCGACAGCGGCGCAGGAUACAUCCGACGACGCUACUGCUUCAGACGCGCAGUUAGAGCCUCCCGUGCCCACGAAAGAAGAGCUCUUUGCGCGCCUUUCAGAGCUUGUAAAAGCCGCCCCGGUUAUGUUAUUCAUGAAAGGGACUCCCAGCGCCCCACAGUGUGGAUUCAGUAGGCAGAUUGUGAGCAUUCUGCGCGAGAACGGGGUGAAAUAUGGAUUCUUUAAUAUUCUGGCGGAUGAGGACGUUCGGCAGGGGUUGAAAGAGUUUGCGGACUGGCCGACUUUCCCGCAGCUCUGGGUCAAGGGGGAGCUGGUUGGCGGAUUGGACAUUGUGAAAGAAGAGAUCUCCGCGAACCCUGAUUUUUUCUGCGACUAUUCGGUCUCUAAACCUACAAGCGCGCCCUCAGCUUGAAACUUGGACACCAUCAAUAUUCCGACCCUUUGUUGUUUUCGCCCCGGCUUCCGUACUCCAAAUGACCCUCCUGUGAAAUGAUAUGAAUUGUCCUGUUCAAUAUUGUGUGCAUACCACUUAGCUUUGGCCAAUCCGUGCAUUAAUCUGCACUGUUAGGUGCUUCUUAGAUGUUUAACUGUUCUUCAGCUUCUGUUAAUGUUAAAAUUAAAAAAAUGAAAACUGGAUUUGGACAU